CGGCCGCCCGCCCCGGCCCUGGCCGCCGCGCAGAGCCUAUUUUUAGGCCUGUGGGGCCGGGUGUCGGGGAAGCCCGAGCCGGGCUGGCGUCCCUGCGAGGUGGGAGGCCUCCGGGACGCUCCACGAACCUGCCUGGAGCCUGGGAACCUCCGAGAUCAGGCCUUUGUGACACUGACCACAAACGAUGCCUACGCCAAAGGUGCCCUGGUCCUGGGCUCAUCUCUGAAACAGCACAGGACCACCAGAAAGCUGGUCGUGCUCACCACCCCUCAGGUGUCGGACUCUAUGAGAAAAGUUUUAGAGACAGUCUUUGAUGAAGUCAUCAUGGUAGACGUCUUGGACAGUGGCGAUUCUGCUCAUCUAACCUUAAUGAAGAGGCCUGAGUUGGGUGUCACACUGACAAAACUCCACUGCUGGUCACUUACACAGUAUUCAAAAUGUGUGUUCAUGGAUGCAGAUACUCUGGUCCUAGCAAAUAUUGAUGAUCUUUUUGAGAGAGAAGAAUUGUCCGCAGCACCAGACCCAGGGUGGCCUGACUGCUUCAAUUCCGGAGUCUUUGUUUAUCAGCCUUCAGUUGAAACAUAUAAUCAGCUGUUGCACCUUGCUUCCGAGCAAGGUAGUUUUGAUGGUGGGGACCAGGGUUUACUGAACACGUUUUUUAGCAGCUGGGCAACAACAGACAUCAGAAAACACCUGCCAUUUAUUUAUAACCUAAGCAGCAUUUCUAUAUACUCCUACCUCCCAGCAUUUAAAGCGUUUGGUGCAAAUGCCAAAGUUGUGCAUUUCCUGGGACGAAUCAAACCAUGGAAUUUUACUUAUAAUCCCAAAACAAAAAGUGUCAAAAGUGAGUCCCAUGAUCCCACCAUAACUCAUCCAGAGUUUCUCAACCUGUGGUGGGACAUCUUUACCACCAACAUUUUACCUCUGCUUCAACAGUUCGGCCUUGUCAAAGAUACCUGCUCAUACAUAACUGUGGAAGACGUCUCAGGAGCUGUGUCACACUUGUCCCUCGGGGAGAUCCCAGCUGCAGCACAGCCUUUCGUAUCCUCAGAAGAACGGAAGGAGCGGUGGGAGCAAGGCCAGGCUGAUUACAUGGGAGCAGACUCCUUUGACAACAUCAAGAGGAAACUCGAUACUUACCUCCAGUAGAAACACUCCCGUUUUCCCGAGGACACAUCCACUUUACAGGCACUUGUACCUGAUCCUUAGUACCUAGAGCUGGGUUGAGAAAAGUCUGUUACAGUUGCUAGAGGCUUUUGCUAAAACUCAUCAGAUGAGGGAUUUUUUCAGGACAACAGGUGAGAACUGGGCAAAAGUUGUAAAGUAGCAGUUUUGUUAUAUGGACAGUGUUCUGCUCUUUAACCCGUCUCGUAUAGCCAAUGUUUCAGAAAUAAUUAUGCUGAUUGCCAGCUUACAUGAUAAGGAAAACUCAAUAUUAAGCUAUUUAGAUGGCUAUAUCAACUCUUAAAAUGUGCAGAGCCAGGCUCCAAAUCAGUCUCCUUCAGAAUAGAACAUGGCAUUUGUCCCUUGCUUGCUUGCUGUUCCCUUCACCUGCAUUUUAGAAUUGCCCAGAGGCUGCCAGAGUGAAUGUAAUUCUACUUUCAGGGAAAGAUAGCCCAUAUUAAUACUGCUGAUUCAUAAACAUAUCAACAAAUGGCAUAAACCCAUUUUAUUUCCUUGUUUUGUGUCUGAAGAUGUUCACCAGUUUUCUAUGUAUAGUAAGGCAGCAUGCUAAAAUGCUUUUGUUCAGUUCUAUAUAUUUGAAAAUAGCAGUGUGUUCUCUGAUGGCUACCUGCAGUGGUACCCUGUGUGAAAAAUAAAGACAUAUUGCCAUA